AUGGGACGGGACAUCAAGGUCCUCCUAUUCGGAGACCAGUCAGAAGAAAGAUUCGAUGACCUGCGCGAGUUAGUGACGGUCAUCGAUAACCCUCUUCUGAGCACUUUUCUCGAGAAAGCAUAUUUCAUUUUACGAGAUGAAGUCACCCGUCUCCCGUAUGUGACACGGGGCUUGCCUGGCUUCACAAGCAUCGAGACCUUGCUGUGGCGGUAUAGAGAGGCAGGAGUGCGACACCCAGCGAUCGAAAGCGCGUUAGUGUGUAUUCAUCAGAUUGGGACCUUGUUGAGAUACUAUGGCGAUGGAUCAGAGGCCUAUCCCAAGCCCGAAGAUACCAGACUUGUGGCAUCCUGUACUGGACUACUGUCUGCCGCCGCCGUCAGCUGUGCCCGUACCUAUCGCGAACUUCUCUCCGUCGGCCUCGAGGCUCUCAAGCUUGCAUUCCGUGUGGGAGCCCAGGUAACUCAAGUGUGUGAUGAGAUCGAGCAGACGUCGCUGCCAAGCAGUUGGGCAGCCAUCUUCCCCGGCGUGGGAAAGGAAUCGGCCUACCUAGCCCUCGAUGAAUAUUACAAGAAAACUAAAAUCCCCCCAACCAGCCGAUCAUACGUGUCUGCAACCAGCACCAACUCGGUCACCAUCAGCGCCCCUCCCGGAGACCUGGAAAGCCUGAUUGAGGCCGGGAUCUUCAAAUCCUGUCGGCCAAUUCGGCUUCCCAUCUUCGGACCCUAUCAUGCGCCUCAUUUUUACAGUAACGAGACGGUGGCGUCUUUGGCCGCGUCCAUUGCGUCUGCGAGUACCGGUGACUGGAAAGCGCGGAUUCCGGUCAUCAACAAUGGCAAAGAGUAUGCCUACGGGUCGUCCAAUUUCCGCCAGCUGGUUGAGGAUGUCCUUGAAGACAUCUUGCUAAAGCCUCUACACUGGGACAGGCUGUGCACGAACUGUGUGGCCAGCGUCUCUUCGGCUGAACCAGAACAAUGCCGUGUCGUACCUGUUGGUGCAAAGAAUGCCUCGGCAAGCCUGGUCAAUGCCUUGAAUCAUAAAGCUUCAUUCAAGAUCGUGGUUGAUAAUCGCAAAACAGAAGCCAUUGACGAGCCGAAAGGGCCAAAUCCAAUUGGAGGUCUUGGUAGACCUAAGAUCGCUAUCGUUGGCAUGUCGGGCAGAUUCCCGGAUGCCAUGAGCCCGAGCUUGUUCUGGGAUCUUCUGAAGAAAGGCCUUGACGUUCACCGUGAAGUACCUCCUGAUCGAUUCGACGCGCAAGCGCACUACGAUCCGAGCGGCAAACGAAGAAAUACAAGCCACACACCGUACGGUUGCUUCAUCGAGCACCCGGGCUUGUUUGACGCCCGCUUUUUCAACAUGAGUCCUAAGGAAGCGGCCCAGACAGACCCUAUGCACCGUCUAGCUCUGUUGACUGCUUACGAGGCGCUCGAAAUGUCGGGAUAUGUUCCUAACAGGACACCUUCAACCAUGGUCGAUAGGGUCGGUACAUUUUAUGGCCAGACUUCUGAUGAUUGGCGGGAGAUUCAAGACGGACAAAACAUCCAAACCUAUUUCAUUCCUGGAGGUGUGAGAGCUUUUGCGCCCGGACGAAUCAACUAUCACUUUGGCUUUUCAGGGCCCAGUUUCAGCGUCGACACAGCAUGCUCUUCUAGUCUCGCUGCAAUCAAUAUUGCUUGCAACUCUCUUUGGCUUGGAGACUGUGACACUGCCCUCGCUGGCGGUCUGAAUGUCUUGACAAAUCCAGAUAUCUUCUCCGGGCUGUCUCGUGGCCAGUUCUUGUCCAAAACGGGUAACUGCAAAACAUUCGACGAUGCAGCGGACGGUUACUGUCGUGGAGACGGUGCUGGCACGGUCAUCCUCAAACGCCUGGAAGAUGCUGAAGCAGAUAAUGACCCGAUCCUGGCUGUCAUCCUUGGCACAGGCACCAACCACUCUGCUGAUGCGGUCUCAAUCACUCACCCUCAUGCGGGUGCCCAGGAGUAUCUCUUCAAGAAGAUCCUUACAGAGUGUAGUCUUGAUCCUCAUGAUGUUUCUUACGUGGAAAUGCACGGUACUGGUACUCAAGCGGGCGACGCCAUCGAAAUGGAAUCGGUUCUGAAUGCGUUCGCCCCGGCGAGCCGACAGCGUCCUCCAGACCGUCCACUCUAUCUAGGGUCUGUCAAAGCCAAUGUUGGACACGGCGAGGCUGCCUCGGGCAUCACUGCUCUCGUCAAAAUCCUUCUUAUGCUUGAGAAUGAUCUCAUACCACCUCACUGUGGCAUCAAAGGCAGUAUCAACCAUAACUUCCCUGAUCUUGGGGCUCGCAAUGUGAAGAUAUCUCUGGGCCGCGAGACCCCGUGGAAGCGACCGCAAAGUGGCAAACGCAGAAUGUUUUUGAACAACUUCAGUGCCGCAGGAGGGAACACCUCCCUUCUCAUGGAAGAUGGGGCUCUACCUACUUUUGACGGCAAAGAUCCUCGCUCAACCGCGGUUGUUGCGGUUACUGGUAAAACCAAGAAAGCCUUGGUCGACAACACUAAGAACCUCAUCGGGUAUAUCUCCGACAAACCUGUGGAUCUCCCAUGCUUGUCCUACACCACGACAGCGAGAAGAGUGCACUACUCCUACAGAACGAUUGUCGCCGGCUCCGACGAGGCUGCCAUCGUGUCUGGGCUUCGGAAGUCCCUGGAAUCUGAGCCAGCUCCCGUUCCCUUGGGUGUGCAGGUUGUAUUUGCCUUCACUGGGCAAGGUGCUCACUACACUGCCAUGGGCAAACAGCUUUACGAAACCAACAACCAAUUCAAAGCUGACCUCCGACGCUUCGAUCUGCUUGCUCGGAAUCAAGGACUGCCAGCUAUCUUACCCCUGGUCGAUGGCAGCACUGAAAUCGAAAAGCUCAGCCCUGUGGUAGUGCAGACUGGCGCUGUUUGUAUUCAGAUGGCGCUUGUUCGAUUGUGGCAAUCCUGGGGUAUCGAACCGGCCGCAGUCAUUGGUCACAGCCUGGGAGAGUAUGCGGCAUUGCAGGCUGCUGGUGUCUUCUCAAUCAAUGACGCUGUGUUCUUGACCGGCACAAGGGCUAAAUGUCUUGAGCAGCAUUGUACGAUGAACACGCACGCAAUGUUGUCCGUGGCUGCCUCGGUUCAAGAACUCAACAAUAUUGUUGACGGGAAAGCGGUUGAAAUCGCUUGCAUAAAUGGACCCAAAGCCACAGUGAUCAGUGGAGAGUCUUCCGACAUCGACAAGCUGAAAGAGAAGUUGUCCUCCAAAGGCAUGAAAUGCACCAAGUUAGCAGUGCCGUUUGCCUUCCACUCCGCUCAGGUAGAACCUGCCUUGGACGAUUUCCAAGCAGCAGCAGCAGGAAUUACCUAUAACGCCCCGAAGAUACCGCUCAUUGCUCCACUCCUGAGCGCUGUGGUCAGUGAGAAAGGAACAGUCAACGCAGAAUAUCUGAAACGUCACUGCCGUGAACCCGUGAACUUCCUGGGUGGCAUCCAAGCUGCAAAGGACAUGGGUAUUAUUAAGGACAAGACGCAGUUCCUGGAAAUCGGCAGCCAUCCUAUCUGCAGCGGCAUGGUCAAGUCGAUCUUAGGCCCGACGACUGUGGCACUUCCAUCACUGAAGCGGGACGAGGAUGUUUACAGGACUCUCACAGCGACCAUCUGUGGCCUGCAUUCCGCCGGCCUCGCGAUAAACUGGAACAGCUACCAUGGAAACUUCCCCCGCUGCCAGCAGGCCUUGAAAUUGCCAGCCUAUGCUUGGGACGCCACAAACUUCUGGAUAGAUUACGAGAACAAUUGGACGCUCACCAAGCCCAAUCUGCCGUCGGUCACUGAGGGUGAGCAAUCCCAGAAGCUGAGCACAAGCACUGUCCAGCGUGUCGUGGAAGAGAAAUUCCAGGGCCAAACAGGCACAUUGACCACCGAAACUGAUAUUUCCAAGCCAGAACUGGAGGAGACCAUCAAAGGUCAUCUUGUGAAUGGCUCUGCCUUGACUUCCAGUGCUGUUUACGCAGACAUGGCACUUACCAUUGGCGAUUAUGUUCACCGCAAGCUACAACCCGAGAUUGAGAACUUCGCAUUGAAUUGUGCCAACAUGGUCGUCGAAAAACCUCUCAUCUUCAAGGGAAGCGAGCAACUUCUUCGUGUCGACUGUAAGGCAGAUCUUACCCAGGGUAUCUGCUCCCUCACCUUUUACAGCGCCGGUCCCAAGGGACAAAGGCUUAUGGAACAUGCCCAUUGUGAGGUUCAAUACGGUGAUGCUGAGAGAUGGUCUACGGAUCUGGCUCGACAGAAGUACCUCGUUCAGAGCCAAGUUGACCGGCUAUUGCAAAUGGGUCAAAAUGGUGUCCUUAGCCGACUUCAGCGAAAGAUGGCCUACAAGCUGUUCUCUGUCCUUGUCGACUACCAGAACGCCUAUAAGGGCAUGGCAGAAGUCAUUAUUGACAGUCCACUGCGCGAGGGUACCGCUAAAAUCGAACUUCAGACGAGCAGUGUUGGCAACUUUUACAUGGCACCUUAUCACAUCGACUGCCUUUGCCACCUUGCUGGAUUUAUCAUGAAUGCAAACGACGAACUUGAUUCUUCGCAGACCGUCUACGUCAACCACGGAUGGGACUCUUUGCGUUUCUUCGAGAAGCCGUCGCCGUCAAUGACUUACCGUUCCUACGUCAGGAUGCAACCUACAGGUCCCAACUUUAAGGACUACUCUGGAGAUGUGUACGUCUUCGAUGGAGAAGGCAACAUUGUUGGCCAAAUCGGCGGCUUGACCUUCCAAUUCUUGCCCAAACAGGUUCUUGAUCGAGUGCUGCCACCCCCGGGAGGUGCAAAGGCGGCAGCCUCUGCCCCAACUAAGACGGCUGCUGCUGAGUCAAAGAAAGCUCCCCCUAAAUCUACCUCGAAGCCAAAGGCAGCUUCCGUCGGUCCAAGUGUCAUGAGCCGAGCUUUGGAUAUCAUGGCCGAAGAAAUCGGUGUUCCCGUUACAGAUCUGACCGAUGACACUGAUCUCAGUGCAUUGGGUGUCGACUCGUUGAUGAGUCUGACAAUCUCAGGCAAAUUCCGCGAAGGAUUAGACAUUGAAAUCCCAUCGACCUUGCUAGCCGACUCCGAAACCUUCAAACAGGUCAAGGACUUCUUGUCUCAAUUCGAGUCCAAGGAUGCUGGGGCUGUGCCACCUUCGCCUUCGACAGCCUCCUCGGUCGAGUCGACUGAACUGUCUGGAAGUUCAAGUCCUGCCCAAGGUGAUACAGAGUCCAUGACUUCUGCCUCCCAGACGGAUGAGAAACCCGUCGGAAAGGACGAUGGCAAGCUUGAAGCCAUUCGUGCUGCCAUUGCCGAAGAAACUGGUAUGGAACCCGGCGAAGUUACCUCUGACAUGGAUCUUGAAGCCGUCGGCAUUGAUUCUCUGAUGUCUCUUCAGAUCCUAGGCUCCCUACGCGAAGACAAGGGCAUCGACUUGCCGCCCUCUUUCUUCAGUGAUCACAGCACCUUCGGCGAUAUUGAAAAGGCGCUGGGCGCAGGUAGAAAGGCCGCAAACCCUAAGCUCCCUGCCAAGUCUGAGGAAAUGUCCACAGAUCAGGUCGUUGGGGAGAUACAAUCGAAUAAGGGUCAGGAACAUGCCAAGUCCCCGAAGGAACAUGCUCCGGCCGCUGGCGCCAACAAAGCUUUCAAAGCAUCAUCGGUCCUGUUGCAGGGAAAUCCCAAAACCGCCUCAAAGACAGUGUUUAUGUUCCCUGACGGCUCAGGCUCCGCCAUCAGCUACGCCACGAUCCCCCCAAUCUCGCCCAAGCAUGUUGCAUUGAUUGCAUUGAAUUGUCCAUAUAUGAAGGAGCCCGAGGCUUUUGAGGGCGGUAUUCCAGGAGUCACAGCGCUUUAUCUGGAGGAAAUCCGUCGUCGCCAACCCAAGGGUCCUUACAUCCUGGGUGGCUGGUCAGCGGGAGGUAUCUGCGCCUACGAAGCCUGCCUGCAGCUCUCUGCUGUCGGCGAGACGGUUGAGAGGCUUAUCUUUCUUGACGUGCCGUGCCCUUUGCCGCCACAGGCUUUGCCACCACGCCUGCACAACUUUUUUGACUCGAUCGGUCUGCUGGGUCAAGAAGGUGAAGCGCCAGGCUGGCUCAUCCCGCAUUUCACGGCGACCAUCAAAGCGCUGAGCAGCUACCGACCGCGCCUUAUGGACCCUGCAAAGGAAAAGAUCCCAACUGUGUACACCAUCUACGCACAGGACGGUGUAUGCAAGAACGAUGACGACCCGCGGCCCGAGCUCACGCCGGAUGAUCCGCCGCAUAUGAACUGGCUGCUCUUCAAUCGCAAGGACUUUGGUCCUAUCGGCUGGGAGCAGCUGUUCGGCAGCUCUGACAACAUAGUCGGUCUCGACCCAGUCCCCAACGUCAAUCACUUCACCAUGAUGCGCGAGCCCAUGGUUAAAGAGCUGCCUACCCGGAUUCAAAAAGCCCUGGGCGUGGCUGGCAAGUGA